AUGGUGCUACCGUUCAUACCGCCCAAGUUCGCCAACGCGGACUCCAACACUCUGCUCAAGCCGUCCGAGUAUCUCAAGAGCAUCUGCAAGAUUUCGUCAAAGAGCAGCCUGUUGAAAGCAAGAUCGGUCGACAAUUUGGACAUACAAAGUAGAAGCGGUGACCGAAGAGAAGGCUUCGUCAGACCGGAAGGGACCGAGGAACAGGAGCAAGAACUGAGGGAGACUUUAGCGGAAAGGGGUGCCACGCGCAAAGCAACUCGGGAGCUGGAGGAGGAGGAAGAGGAAGAGGAUAGGGUGGUGGUGGUGGUCGAAGAGGGAAAGGAAUCGACUGCAGGACCUCCGCCGCCACCGUUGUCUCCGCUUCAAAAAUCUCGGCGUAUCAACGAGGAGUCCAACACGGUCGCGAUGACCGAUCUCGAAUCACAGAAAACCCUGCAGCCACUCGCCACCAUCAGCAUUCAAGAUCUGACCAGUAUCCAACUGCGAAGAACUUCCGCGAAAAUGAACGCGACGAAAACGUUCUCCGCGCCUCCGCCGCGCAGCGUAUCUAUGACGAACGUUUCAGAGCCGUUCUUCGUACAAAAGACCGAUUUAAUCGCGGAACUGAAGAGAACCAAGGACAUCCCUGGAAUUAAGAAGAUGAAGGUGGAGAUGGCGCAGGUGGAAAAGACACAGGAGCAGAAUCUCAUGUCGGAGAUCAACAAGGCGUUCAACGUUUCGAAUUUCGUGGAUCAGAUCCCAGAGAAAGACAGUUCGGGGAACGUGAUACCGAUAUGGAAACGACAGAUGCUGGCGCGAAAGGCUGCCGAGCGAGCGAAGAAAGAAUUGGAGGAGCAGCUCGCCAGGGAAAACGAAGAGAGACGACAGAAAGCGAUUCCUGCUUGGAAGAGGCAGCUCCUCGCCAAAAAGGACAACGAAGAAAAAAGACUGAACCAAGUGUGCGCGACGCCAACAGCCAAAGUAGAUGCGGUGGCGACGCCAACGCCAACGCCGACGCCGACAUCGAGGAGGGAUGUUUCGCCUUCGUCUAUCUCAUCGCGCACUACCCACCGACACGAAGAGAAACCAGACGUCGAGGAGAAGAAGCCUGCCGACGCGAACUCCUCGCAUCAAGGAUCGCACGGGACGCAGGCAAACGAAACAGACGACGACGCUCAAAUUAUUCCGUGGCGAGCACAGCUUAGGAAGACCUCCAGCAAACUCAAUAUUUUGGAUUAA